UAGUGCAUGUGAAGGUUAUGGUGAUAUUUUACUUGUGGGAUGUUAUGAUAAUACCGUUCAUUUAUGGAAUACAGAAGGUGAACAUUUGUCAACAUUACCCGGUCAUAAUGGUCCUGUACGAUGUGUUCGUUGGAUUAGUUCAGAUGAAAAUAAUCAACAUUGUUUUCUAAGUUCAUCACAUGACGAAGCGAUAAUAAGAUGGUUAUAUAAUCAAAAUACAAAUACUGUAGAAGAAUUAAAAACAUAUAAAGGACAUAAUGGAAGCGUUGAAACAAUCUCUGUUGAUCCAACAAAAACAAAAUUCGUUUCUGGUUCGUGGGAUAAAACAAUUAAACUGUGGGGAAUUGAAAGUGGCUCAUCUUCACCUGAUAAGUCGGAGAAUUUGAACGAUAAAAGUCUUGAUGCUCGUAUAACAAUAAAUGCUCAUACAGAAAAUGUCUCAUGUGUCAAAUGGCUAAAUACAAAUGAAAUCGUUUCUGGUUCGUGGGAUCAUUCGAUUAAAUUAUGGAAUAUGGAUACAUUAAAAGAGGCACAAACAUUUAAAUCAACAAAGGCUGUUAUCCAUUGUGAUUAUUCACAGUUAAAUCAUUUAAUUGUAGCUGGGUUUUGCGAUAGAUUCAUUCGUUUGUAUGAUCCACGAGUAUCCGAAGGAUUUGUUGUUCGUUCAACAUUUACAUCCCAUACACAAUGGGUGCCGAGUUUAUCGUGGUCAAAAACAAAUGAAUAUGUAUUUGUUAGUGGAUCUUAUGAUUCCUUUGUUAAACUGUGGGAUAUUCGUUGUUCGAAAGCGCCUCUAUACGAUUUACAAGGACAUGAUAAUCGAGUUUUAUGUGUGGAUUGGACAAUACCAUCGUUAAUUAUUAGUGGAGGAGCAGAUAAUUCACUGAAACUACCGGUAUUUGUUGUGCAACCAACAAACAUUACUCAAUUAAAUAUUCGGCCAACUCAGUUACAACAACAACAACAACAACAACAACAAUAUCCACAACCAGUUUAUCAAAUUUCCACAGUUCGUACACAAACUUUACCCCAACAACCGCAGCAACAAUUGUCUCAAACUCCUCUUAUUUAUCAAGUACAGCCACGUUUGAUUUCACCACCACAAGUUCAACAAACUCGAUUAAUAAUAUCACCAAUAGUCCAGCAGCCUCGUAUAAUCACGUCGCCAACUGUCCAGUUUAGUACAUCUCUAACAUCACCUCGUCUAACUGUUUCUCAAAAUAUCCAACAGCAACAACAACAACAACAACAGCAGCAUGUUACAUCACCUCCACUAACGACAUCAAUAACUAGAAUAGUGACGCCUCCAACAACUUCCAUACCCACAAAUGUGAUACCACAAAUAAAUCCAACACCACCCGCACCUGGAACGAAAGAAGUUCCAGUUAAAGUUCAAAAAUCAAAUGGUCGAUAUGGAAUUAUGGAAUUUGCCAGUGGUUUAUCAAUCGAUUUAACUGAAUGGAAAUCUGCUGAAAUGAGGCGUGAAAUAAAUUCAUUUAAUUAUCGUCCACCUACUGAUCUUGAUGCACCAACAACAACGCCCAAAUUCGGUGCUGGUAGUGAAUAUGGUAAAGAACAACGUGAACGAUUAAAACGAAAACGUUAUAGUACAAAAGGGACAAAUAUUGAAGAUUUACCGUGGUUAUUGAGUGAAAAAAAUAGUCAAGAUAAAAAGGUAAAACAGUAUCGCGGUUUGAAAAAAGGUGGCGUAGCAACGAAUUCAUCGUAUUAUGUGUUUAUAAAAGGCAAUGAAGGUUUUGAAGCAUAUCCCGUUGAGGAUUGGUAUUCAUUUACACCAACAAACGUUUAUAAAACAUUGGAUUUUGAUCAAGCUGAAAUGGAAUUUGAAAAUAGACAUAGAAAUUUAUCAAAAUGGUUUCUAAAACAUCAAUCGAAGAAAGAUGAAGCAAAGGAAGCAGAAGAAGAAGAGGAUGGAGAAGGACAAAAGAAAUCGGGAAAACAAAAUGGAAAGAAAAAUGAGUUUAAAUUAUUAAAUAAAGAAGAUUAUGUUGAUGAAGAAGAAGAUGAUGAUGAAGAUUUUGGUGACGAAGACGAAGAUAAUGGUGAUCGUCAAGGUAAAACAAAAAAUAAAACAGCAGGAAAUAAUAAGACGACAGGUGGAAUCAAUUUGAGCGAUGAUGAUGACAAUGCAAUGGAAACAAAUAAUGCGGGGAAAAAGAAACCAAAAGGGAGAAAAAAAAUCAAAACCGAAGAUGAUGACAAUGAGGCCGGAGAAGAUUCUGAUGAUGGGGAUCAUGAAGGUGAUGAAUUAGAUUAUACAAGUGAUGAAACAUCAGAGGAGGAAGAUGACAUCAAGGAUGCAAAUACACUGAAGUCAACUGAGAAAUAUGAAGAGAAAGGGAUUGAUGAACAAAUAAAAGUCGUAACAGAUAUUGAUAAAAAACUUGAAAAACUCGAAAAUGAUGAAGAAAUUGAUUUGGAAGAUAGUGACAAUGAAGAGGAAGAAGAAGAUGAUGAUCCAGGGGCAAAUGUGAUCGGUAAAGAUUUAUCAGAAGUUGGAAAAGAAAUGAGAAAACUACUAGAAAAAGAUACAUUGAAUAAAGCUGAUGAAUCAAGUACUGACGAUGAUGAUCUCGACGAUUCAGAUGAUCCAGACAAAGAACUGAUUGUACCAGAAGAGAUAUCCCAUAAAAUUGGUCAACCAUCAGCACUCGAAAAAGCAAAAGAAAUUGUUCAAAAUAGAACAACAGUUCAAGAUGAUAAUAAAACAAAUAAGAAGACAACGACUACAUCUUCGUCGACAUCUAAUGCCAGUGCUUCUUCAACAUCUGCCGGUGUAUCAACAUCAUCAAAUUCAAAUGAUGCAGUAACCGAAGAAAAAAUUCGU